GCGUGUCUGGUGACGUUUCAACAGUCGACUUGUUCUGAAACCUCCGGGGCCGAGGCCUAGGUAAUUUUUGUUGUUGUGAAAAAAUUUCCAACCAAUGUCCAUUUUUUUGUGCCCGUUUGGAGCGGGGUCUGGACCUUAUGAGGCAUUUUCGCUGGGGGUAGACUGCGGAAGAAAACCACAAUAGUUGCAAAAGCCAGCAAGUUGUAGGAACUAACGUCAGCGCGAGGAAAUAAGGUUGAAAAAAAUAUGACAUCUCGGAGGUGGUUCCACCCCAAUAUCACGGGGGUGGAGGCUGAGAAUCUGCUGCUGACACGGGGGGUGGACGGGAGCUUCCUGGCCCGACCCAGCAAGAGCAACCCUGGAGACUUCACCCUCUCUGUCAGACGUAACGGAGCUGUCACCCACAUUAAGAUCCAGAACACAGGGGAUUACUAUGACCUGUACGGGGGGGAGAAGUUUGCCACCCUGGCUGAGCUGGUUCAGUACUACAUGGAGCACCACGGCCAACUCAAGGAGAAGAAUGGAGAUGUCAUCGAGCUCAAAUACCCCCUCAACUGUGCUGACCCCACCUCUGAGAGGUGGUUCCAUGGUCACCUGUCAGGCCGUGAGGCUGAGAAGCUGCUGACAGAGAAGGGGAAGAACGGUAGUUUCCUGGUCAGAGAGAGCCAGAGCCACCCUGGAGACUUCGUUCUGUCCGUCCGUACCGGUGACGACAAGACAGACAGCAGCGAUGGCAAGCCUAAGGUCACGCACGUCAUGAUCCGCUGCCAGCAUGACCUGAAGUAUGACGUGGGUGGAGGAGAGAAAUUUGAUUCUCUGACAGACCUGGUAGAGCACUAUAAGAAGAACCCCAUGGUGGAGACACUGGGCACGGUGCUGCAACUCAAACAGCCCCUGAACACCACUCGUAUCAACGCAGCGGAGAUCGAGAGUAGAGUGAGAGAGCUUAGUAAACUGGCCGAGGCCACGGACAAGGUCAAACAGGGCUUCUGGGAAGAGUUUGAGACUUUGCAGCAGCAGGAGUGUAAGCUGCUAUACAGCCGCAAGGAGGGACAGAGAGCAGAGAACAAGAACAAGAACCGAUACAAGAACAUUCUUCCCUUUGAUCACACUCGUGUGGUGCUGAACGAUGGGGAUGGAUCUGAGGCUGGUUCUGACUAUAUCAAUGCUAAUCUCAUCAUGGUAGUAACGGACAUCAUGCCGGAGUUGGAGUCCAAGUGUAACAGCACCAAGCCGAAGAAGUCGUACAUCGCCACGCAGGGCUGUCUACAGAACACCAUCAGUGACUUCUGGAGGAUGGUGUUCCAGGAGAACUCCCGGGUCAUCGUCAUGACUACCAAGGAGGUGGAGAGAGGAAAGAGUAAGUGUGUGAAGUACUGGCCAGACAUGUCAGCUCUGAAGGAGUAUGGAAUCAUGCGUGUCCGCAACGUCAAAGAGACGUCUGCUCACGACUACAUCCUGCGAGAACUCAAACUGUCCAAGGUCGGACAGGGUAACACAGAGCGGACAGUGUGGCAGUACCAUUUCAGAGCGUGGCCGGACCAUGGGGUCCCUACAGACCCCGGGGGUGUUCUGGACUUCCUAGAGGAGGUCAACCUCAAACAGGAGAGCAUUCUAGAGGCUGGACCAAUAGUGGUGCACUGCAGUGCUGGUAUCGGGCGGACAGGAACGUUCAUAGUGAUUGACAUCCUCAUUGAUGUCAUCAGGGAAAAAGGAGUGGACUGUGACAUAGACGUUCCUAAGAGCAUCCAGAUGGUUCGUUCCCAGCGGUCUGGGAUGGUUCAGACUGAGGCCCAGUACAGGUUCAUCUACAUGGCUGUCCAGCACUACAUAGAGACACUGCAGAGACGCAUAGAGGAGGAACAGAAGAGUAAGAUAAAGGGGAGGGAGUACACCAACAUUAAGUAUUCUCUAUCUGACCUGACGGGUGGAGACCAGCUGCAGAGCCCUCUGCCUCCCUGCACCCCCAGCCCCACCCCCAACUGCACAGAGAUGAGGGAGGACAGCUCUAGAGUGUAUGAGAAUGUCGGUCUGAUGCAGCAGCAGAAGAGCUACAGAUGAGAUUCACCUUUGACCCCCACGCUGUCCCAGGAAUCUGUUAAAUUUUUGUUGCCAGCUGCACCUGAACACCUGAGAUGUGAUCGCGAUGACUACACGGAAAAGAAGAAAAUGUAAAAUAACGAAAAACAAAAAUCUGAGAGGUCUGAGAGAACCGAGACUAACGGAGGGUUUUUUGUUCCCUUCCUCCUCCUCUGCUCCUUAUCCUCGUCUGCCCUCUCUCUCCAGGAACAGUAGCCCUCUAGUCCCCUAAACCACUGUGAUUAUCUGGAGAGCCCUAAUGAGCUUAAUGACAGAACUUAAUAAUAAGCCUAAAGCCCUAAACUUAACCUCAGCCUGAGUUUAGACUUUCUCAGACCAGACCCAGGCUGCUCUGUUCUCAGCUCACUAGAGGGAGAAUAACCUAGCUUACGUGUUCUGUUUGUCAUUAUUCCACCCUCUCUUUUUGGCAUGAAUAUUUCUUCUGUCUUAUUUCUUAUUAACCAAAGGAAAGAAAUGCAUCGAUCGUUUGUUUAUUGGGAAGUAGUGAGAUGAGUGAGCCCUUCUCAGAGUUGAGAGAAAAAAGGCCUGUGCCAAAAUGGUUUCAUCCAACAUCUCGGCCAACAGUGGUCUCCCUCUGCCCGGUUAAACCAGAGUGUGGGGGGGACACUGUUUGCAGAGAAAAAAAGGGAUACUUCCAGUGGUAAUAUUGUUUUCAUUUUUUUGUAUCAUGUUUUCUGUUACUGAAGGAAGAAUUCUGGGUAUUGUAGUGAUGUUAUUUUUUAAACUUCCCAGUGGAUUUCUAUUCAGGAUGUUGGGGAGGAUUUUUUUGUUGUCUUUUUAAAGGCAUAUUUUUUGGUUUAUUUUUAUUACGUGUUUUUGUUGACAUGUUUUUGUUGUUGCCACAGUGAUACUCUCCCUUGGUUACCAUUCCCAAACUCGCACCCGAUGUCCUUAACUCCACAUUCACAUAGCAGCGCAACAGCUACAGCACAAGCCUUGUACCUUGGGUGGAACUGGCGGCUAGAACUCCCAGGGUGCCUUCUGUUCCCACUAAGCACUAAUGUGGGGUCUGAGGGUUGUUUCUGGAGGUGUGGUCGCCUCGCCCCAUGCUGUUCGUACGUGCUGUUAUAACAACAAACAGAAGAGUUGUCUACAGCACCGACAGUGGGGGACGAUAUUAGAGGUAGGGUGCUUCUGUUCCAAUGUUACUGUGGAAACUGUUUCAGAGUUUCUGGGGUAACUUGUUGUUUAUGCCAGUCCGCCUAGCAACAUGCAUCGCCACUGAGAUGCGGCUGCCCCAAAAAGUUUUACGUUAUUUCUUUUUUCAACAAACAUAAUGAUACUAUUGCAUUUUGUUUUUAAUUUUUUUAUUUUCUCUUCUUUUAAAAGAUGAAUGCCUAUUGUGUACUUUUGAAGCACCACAUUAACUUAAUUUUCUCUGUUUCGAGAAGCUACCGCACAUUUUUGAUUUCUGGCAAUUUUAGUUUUCAUUGUCAUGGAAACUACAGGUCCACUGUUGGUUGGCCGGAUUUAACUUGAUAGGUUAAAAGGAGUGCCUGGUCACUCUCUCUCACAGACACACACACACACACACACACACAAUUGCCAUCAGCUGCAAUUCCUUUGUUCUACAUUUAUGUUUCACGGUUGAACAUGCAGUUUCAGUCUCUGUUUAUUAUUUUGCUAGGUGCAUCACACUAGACCACAUUACUUUCUCGAUCUGUUGUCCAUAUGAAACUAAGUGCUUAUUGUCGACUACAGUAUUCUGGAAAGGGUUGUUCCCAGGUUGAUAUAUUAAUUUAAUAUAUGUGUUUUGUAUGUACAUUAUUACCAUGAUAAAGUAUCUACCCAUUUCAUUUCAAAUGUGUAACAUAACGGUAGCUUUUUCGCCAACAGGCCUCCCGUUCUACACAUUUGAUUACUGUUUAAAGGUUGUUUUUUUGUUUUGUUUUUUACAUUGCAGCUCAUUUCCUAUAUAUAUGUAUGUAUGUAUGUAUGUAUGUAUAUGUAUAUAUAUGUAUAUAUGUAUAUAUAUGUAUGUAUAUAUAUGUAUAUAUAUAUAUAAAAAUAAUGGCCAGAGCAUUAUGAGGCCAGAAGUAGUAACCUAUAUAGGGAAUAUGGUGCCAUUUCAGAUCAGCCCUUUGGGUAAUGCAGGGAGGGUUGAGGAGGAAGUUGUGAUCUUCUGUAUGUCCAGGGUUAUGUUCUCAUUCAUCCCCCUUUUCCCUAAAGUGUGCACUUGUUCACUCCCCCUCGUUGUAUUUAAAAAAAAAAAAAAUUGGAUUGGUCUGUGUAAGUUUGCUGUCUUGGCGAUGAGGGAGGUCUAGAAUGUUCCUUUUCUCAGCCUCCUCUGGGGCUCCAGGUACAAGUUACCCCUAAGCACUGAUCUAGGAUCAGCUUUGCCGCCCCAAGACGUAAGCUUGACCAUUCGGAAACUUAUUUAACUGACUAGAUCAAUGUCUAAGGGCAACUUCAUCCUAUUCUGGGGUGUUGUUCUUCUGAAUGGUUAGUUUGUUUCUCUCCUUUGACUGAGUUCGGGGAUCCUUAGUAUCUACUGUGCUGUGUGUAGUGAGCCCGUUCAUUGUACUGUAGGGUGUGUUUGUCGAACACUAGUCUGUGGCGUGCUUCUGGUGUUUUUAUGUAUCGUGGUGUGUUAGGAUUUGUGUGGGUGUGUGAGAGGGUGUGUGCGUGAGAGAGGGUGCGUGUCCAGAGAAUACUGGUGUUUCAGCUGCCUGCUCCUCGAUGCCUGGUCAUCUCUUCUGGAUUCUGUUUUCCUCUGAUCACGAUGAAAUUGCUUUUUUCUCUUGUUUCCUGUUUUGUUUCUGUCACGUAAAGCGUUUACAUGCAUAGAUGUGCCUCCCUAUGCAUAUGCAUUACAUGUGUUGGUUAUACUCUGAGAAACCAGUGCUCUUCAGUCUCACCUCCAUACUUAACCUGAAAACACUUUAAUGUGAACUCCUGUCAACCCUGACAGCAUACAAAAAAAAGGAAAAAAGUUGAACUCAAUGCAAACAAACGAAACAAACUAUAUUUUUUAACUUGUAUAUUGUACAUUAAUAUCUUGUAGAGGAGAAUGUACUUACUAAACAUAUCUAAUUGCCAAUAAGAUGAACUGUCUGUGUAAUCUAAUAGCUCUCUACCCUGUGUUGUGGAGUUGGAGCUUUCUCACAAAGCUUAAGAGGUUUAUCGUAUUGUAUUUCAUUGCAGGUAACCUGGGUAACUUCCUUGAUAAUGAUAAUAAACGGCAAUGCUCAUGCCUCAAAACGUC